GGCAUGUCAUGGCGGCGUAAGGUUUCCGGUUCAAAAUGAGUAAAUCAUGUAUUCUCAUAAAUACUCGUCUUAUUCAUACGCUAUCGAGGCUUGUUAAUCAUCAAUUGAGGCCUCAGGCAGCAGUAGUGCUCCAAAGAUGCAUGUCAAAUAAUUCAGACAGUGGAGAUAAACCCAGAGUAAAAUUGACAAGGCCCCCAGAGAGGCGACCACAGGCAAGCAACAACAAUGGUAGCAGUAGCAGCAGUGAUAGCGACAGUAGUAGUUCAGGCAGUGAUAGCGAUAGUGACAAAGAUGCCAAAGUUGAUGGUGAGCUAGUGUAUGCGGCUCGCAAGGUUGCCACAGCGAUGGGAGGAAACAUCCGGAAAAUAGAAUCUGACUUACUGAAUCAAUUAAAGUCCCAUGUAAAAGAAACAGAAGAAGCAAAGAAAGGUGUAACAAAAGAAACAAAUCUGAGUGAUCUGUUUGCGGGAAUGAGGCUCGAAAAAGGACCUAAGAAAACAAGACGGUACCAAGGACAAACACAGGCUCAGAGGGGCCAGGAUGAGGCGGUAGCGCCAUCUGCACCAUGGAGUGAGGGACUAGGAAGAAACACAAAAUCAAGAGACUUUAAUCUAGCUAAUAGGAACCAAUACGCAGCAGGUGGAAAAAGGAGCACUGGGAAGUCUGGCUUGUUUGAAGGUUCAGAUCUAUCAAUAUUUGACGCUGCCUCAAAGUCUGAAGCUUUGACCCACAUAGAAACAGAACCAGUCCAGAAGUCACUGUGGGACACCAUAGAGCAAGAAGAGAGAGAGAAUCUUGCCCCACCCAAUAAUUUAUUUGAGGAAAUGAUCACUUGGACCAAGCAAGAAAAACUUUGGAAGUUUCCUAUCACCAAUGAAGAAAGGGCUCCAGAUAAAGAUGUGCCGUUCCACGAACACAUCUUUUUGGAAAAACACAUUGAAGAUUUCCCGAAACAAGGACCUAUCAGAGUAUUUAUGGAACUAGUUUGUAUUGGACUAUCAAAAAAUCCCUACUUGUCAGUCGAGAAGAAAAAAGAAUAUAUUCACUGGUUUCGUGAGUACUUUCAAGAACACCAGCAAGUCAUUGAUGAUGCUAUAGAAGCUGCCAAAGAGGACAAUGAACAAGUAGAGCUACAAAAAGUGCUUCAAUAACUAAUCUGAGUCUUGUUUGUGGUUCUCAGGGGUGUCAUAGAUUUCCAGUUUUCUCAUUUGUAUUGAAUAACAUGACGAAUUCCUGUGUAAUUUUCCUGCUGAAAUAUUUGAAUACAUUGAACUGUGACUACUGUCUCCAUGAAAGAAUUGCCACUUAUAUAUCAUGUAAAAGUAAAAUAUCUUUUUAAGAAAUAGGUGAACAGUAAAACCUGUAAGUGGAACACCUCAAUAAGUAGAAUGUUUCUCUAAGUAUUGAGAGUAUUGACUUAUUUUUGUUAAAUUAACCUCUGUAAGUGGAACAUAUCCCAAGUGGAACAAUUUUUAGAGGCACCAAAGGUGUUCCACUUACACAGGUAUAAAAUGAAAACUCUAAAUUUCAAUGGAAUGAUGUAAUUUCAAAUAGAGCGUGUGGUCCCUGGAAUAGAUGAAUUUAGAAUCUGCAGGGAGGUAGGCUGGAGUGCAUCGAACAAAUGCUUGUUAUCAGUUCAUUCAGCUCCCAAAAAGUUAUGAUAUUAAAUAUUAUAUUAGUGAGGUG